CACCGGAAGUUUGGAUGUUUUCUGCUAAAGAGACAUCCGAGACAGCCUGCUCCAUCGGUGUGGUAACGUUGGUGAUACAGAAGAACAGAUACCCAAACUUAGUAGAGAUUUUUUUUUAUUUUAAAUAGCUCUGUUUCGCUGUGUGAGGUUGUUGUUUAGCCAGCAGGACCAUGGGCCGCAGCAGGAGUCGCUCUCCGCCGAGGCGAGAGAGGCGACGAUCUCGCUCCACUUCAAGGGAACGCGAGCGCAGGCGACGGGAGAGGGAGCGCUCUCGUUCUCGCGAACGGGACCGAGACCGACGGAGGAGCCGCUCUCGGUCUCCUCAUAGGAGGCGCUCAAGGUCUCCUCCCAGACGCCACCGCUCGUCCUCCCUCUCCCCUGGGAGGCAAAAAGACAGACGUGACGAUGAGCGAAAAGAAGUCAAAGACAAGCCAGUGAAACCCAUUCAGAUCUCAGCGGAGGACAUGCAAGGUAAAACAGAAGAGGAGAUAGAGAUGAUGAAAAUGAUGGGAUUCAGUUCCUUUGACACCACAAAGGGGAAGAAAACCGACGGAUCAGUCAAUGCGCAUGCUGUCAAUGUGUCCCAGAAGAGAAAAUACAGGCAAUACAUGAACAGAAAAGGCGGAUUCAACAGACCUCUGGACUUCAUUGCUUGAAAGCAGCAACAGCUCAAGAUACCUAACAAGUAUACCUUUGAUGGUUCUCCCUUUCCAGUUGUGGAUGGUUUUGUUGCAGUGGUUUUUGCUUGGUUCUUUUUUUCCCUCAUUUCGUGUGAUGCAGAAAGUCUGUAUAUAACUUGUAUAACUAAAAACUCAAACUGUAAAUAUUAGCGUUUGCAAUAAACCACUGCUGAGUACUGACAGGAGAACCCAUGUGGACUGGAGCUGUUUGUGCAUGGAGCUAUUUGUUAUUAAGAUGUAAGGUGUUUUCACUGAAAUAAAAAUGCUUUCAAUUUU